AUGAGUCACGUAGACUUCUUGGGGAAAGCAAUUGCACACGCAACAAAGGCCGUUCAGGCGGAUCAUGCAGAGAACUAUCCGGAGGCUCAUAAGCUGUACCUCCUCGCCCUCGAAUGCUUCAUGACUGCAUUGAAAUACGAGAAGAACGAACGAGCGAAAGCGACGAUUCGAGAACGUGUUACGGAUUACAUUGAGCGCGCCGAGACGAUCCAGGAGUACCUCAAACAGAAAGAAACGCGAAAGGCAAUAGGUGCGAAUGGCACCUCUGCAGGCACGACGGUCGGUAAAGGCAAUGGCUCUGGGAGUGGGAAGAAGGGAAGUGAUGAGGAUGAGGAGAGCAUGGAUUCUGAAACCAAGAAGCUCCGUGGCGCACUUUCAGGCUCAAUCCUCUCCGAAAAACCCAAUGUCCACUGGGAAGACAUCGCCGGCCUCGAAGGCGCCAAAGAAGCCCUGAAAGAAGCCGUCAUCCUCCCCAUCAAAUUCCCACACCUCUUCACCGGAAAGAGAAAACCGUGGUCCGGAAUCCUACUAUACGGACCCCCGGGAACGGGAAAGAGUUAUUUGGCAAAGGCGGUUGCGACGGAGGCGAAUGGAACGUUUUUCAGUGUGAGUAGCAGUGACUUGGUCAGUAAGUGGAUGGGAGAGAGUGAAAAGCUUGUGAAGCAGCUCUUCACCAUGGCACGGGAGAAUAAACCAGCGAUCAUCUUUAUCGAUGAAGUCGACGCUCUAUGCGGGACCCGCGGUGAAGGCGAAUCAGAGGCGUCGAGACGUAUCAAGACCGAGCUGUUGGUACAGAUGAACGGUGUCGGGAACGACGUAUCCGGGGUACUCGUCCUCGGCGCGACCAAUAUCCCCUGGCAACUCGACUCCGCCAUUCGACGAAGAUUCGAACGCCGUAUUUAUAUCCCCCUCCCAGACGUCAACGCUCGCACAAAAAUGUUUCCCCUAAAUAUCGGCACAACACCCACGAAAUUAACACAAAAAGAUUAUCGCGCAUUGGCGGAAUUGACGGAGGGUUAUUCCGGUGCCGAUAUCGCCGUUGCAGUCAGAGACGCGCUCAUGCAGCCCAUCCGCAAAAUCCAAUCCGCAACCCACUUCCGCGAAGUCCUCAUCGACGGCAAGCGCAAACUAACCCCAUGUUCGCCCGGGGCCCAAGGGGCGACGGAGAUGUCUUGGAUGGAUAUCGGGGCGGAGGAGUUGUUGGAGCCGGAGUUGACGUAUAGGGAUUUUGAGAAGAGUGUGAAAGGGGCGCGGCCGACGGUUAAUGAGAGGGAUGUGCAGCAGCAUAGGGAUUUUACGAAUGAUUUUGGGAGUGAGGGGGCGUGA